GGCGGCGGUCCGCAUGGGCAUGUCGGCGCUACGCUGGGGCCGCGGCGCGGCUGGGCUGGGGUGGGCCCUGCGCUCCCGGAGCCGCCCCGGUCCCCCGGCCGAGGAAGGGACCCUUGGGGGCAUCUGGGGCCCCAGAAGGAGCUCGUCCGCCAGCCCCUGUGAGCAAGACCGCCGGAAGGACUGGGGCCACGCGGAGCUGCUGGAGGUGCUGGAGGCACGAGUGCGGCAGCUGCAGGCUGAGAGCGUGUCGGAGGUGACUGUGAAGAAGGUGGAUGUGGCCCGACUCCCAGAGAACGCUGGUGGGGGUGGCGGCUUCCAGCCACCCAGAAAGGCCCUGAUGGGACCCUGUGGCCGCUGGGCAGAAAAGCUGAAUAGGGAGAAGCGGACCAUGCAGAAGCGCAAGGAGCGGCUGGAGGUGAAACUGGAGAUGCAAGCUGAGCAGCUGGCCCGCAAGCUGCAGCCCAAGCCCCUGCGGGUGGAGCCCCAGCUGCAGCGCGGGCCCCUGGCUGACUGCCUGCGGCGCUUCACGCGCGGGAUCCCUGAGAGUCCCUGGGAGGAGCAAGUGGCCCAGGUGCUGCGGGAGACCCCGCAGAGGCUGAGCCGCGAGGAGGAGCAGGCCCUGGUGCGCAGGAAGGGGCGCAGGAGGGCAGAAGCGCAGCCUGCCGGGCCGCAACUCACCGGGCCACAGCAGAAGCUGCUGUCCUUUCUGGAGUGCUGCCUGCUUACUGGCCACCUGCCCCUUGCCCACCACGUGCUGGUUACCCACCACAGCAGACCGCGGAAGCAGCGGCUGCUCACACUCGCCAUGUACAACACCGUCAUGCUGGGCUGGGCCCGCCAGGGCUCCUUCAAAGGGCUGGUUUACGUGUUCUUCAUGGUGAAAGACGCUGGCUUAACCCCAGACCUGGUGUCCUACGCAGCCGCCCUCCAGUGCAUGGGGCGGUUGGACCAGGACGUCCACACCAUCAGAAGGUGCCUACAGCAGAUGACCCAGGACGGGCUGCAGCUGCAGGGGCUGUUCACAGGCGUGGCCCUGUCCGAAGAGGAGCGGGCUGCACUCCUGAAGGCUGUGGUCAAGGCUAAGCCCACCUUCAGCCUGCCACCACGGCCCCCGCCCCCUGUCAACACCUCAACACUGCUCAGGGAGGUCUACGCCAAGGACGGCACCGUGUCCUACCCGAAGCUGCACCUGCCCCUGAAGACUCUGCAGGGCCUCUUCCAGCAGCAGCUGCGUAUGGAACUCGGCACCACCGUCUACGUUGAGUCUGUGGAGAAGGCCUCGCCCAUGACCAAGGAGGUCAUGAAGGCGCGGAAGACCCUGAAGAACCUGCGUGUGCAGUGGGAGGCCGCACUGCACCAGGUGCUGCAGGAGACCAAGGCCAGCCUGGCCCGUGAGGCCCACGAAGGCCACCCCACGCUCUACCCCUACCUGUGCCUGCUCAGUGAGCAGGAGUUCGUGCAGAUGCUGAUGCAGGCCCUGCAGGCACUGCCAGCCCAGGGCGAGUCCCUGCUGUCCCUGGCCCACCAGCUGGGGAUGCGGGCCUUCAACCGGCAUGUGGUACACAGCAAGCAGCUCAACAAGCAGGUGCAGGCGCUGGAGCAGCACUACAUGCAGUACCUGCACCUGCUGGCCUCCGACACCCAGGUGUCUGAGCCCUGCUUGCCGCGGCAGUACUGGGAGGCGCUGGGGGUGCCUGAGGCCUCGCCUGUGCAGCCCUGGCCCCUGCCUGUGCUGGUGCAGCUGGGCAAACAGCUGGCUGAGAUGCUGGUGCAAGCCGUACAGAUGCCCCGCAGUCUGGCCGCACCCCAUGGUGCCUGCCGACUCAUCCCAGUGCUCUACCACGUGUACUCCUUCCGCAGCUACCGCCAGAUUGGCAUCCUGAAGCCACACCCGGCCUUCACACACCUGCUGGCGGCCGCGGCGGAGCCCACGCUGACCUUCGAAGCGGUGGACGUGCCCAUGCUGUGCCCUCCGCUGCCCUGGACCUCACCGCAUGCUGGUGCCUUCCUGCUGAGCCCCACCAAGCUGAUGCGCGCGGCAGACGGCACCAUGCAGCACCAGCAGCUGCUGGAGCGCUGCCCACCCGCCGCGCUGCACGGUGCCCUGGACGCCCUCACACAGCUGGGUAACUGCGCCUGGCGCGUCAACGGGCACCUGCUGGACCUGGUGCUGGAGCUCUUCAGGGCCAAGGGCUGCUCCCGCCUGGGCGUUCCGCCACCACCCUCCGAGGCACCCCGGCCACCUGAGCGCCGCCUGCCACCUGGCACCCCACCUGCCCACAAGGCCGAGGUGCGGCGGGAACUGGCCCGCUGCCUGAAGGUGGCCCGUGAGAUGCACAGCCUGCGGGCGGAGGCCCUAUACCGCCUCUCACUGGCCCACCACCUGCGGCACUGUGUCUUCUGGCUCCCCCACAACAUGGACUUCCGUGGCCGCACCUACCCCUGCCCACCCCACUUCAACCACCUGGGCGGUGACCUGGCCCGUGCCCUGCUCCAGUUUGCCGAGGGCCGUCCACUGGGCCCUCACGGCCUCGACUGGCUCAAGAUCCACCUGGUCAACCUCACAGGGCUCAAGAAGCGCGAGUCCCUGCAGGCCCGCCUGGCCUUUGCCAACGAGGUGAUGGACGACAUUCUGGACUCCGCAGACCAGCCCAUGACGGGACGGAAGUGGUGGAUGAACGCGGACGAGCCCUGGCAAGCGCUGGCCUGCUGCAUGGAGAUUGCAGGGGCUGUGCGCACCCCUGACCCUGCUGCCUAUGUCUCCCACUUGCCUGUGCACCAGGACGGCUCCUGUAAUGGGCUACAGCACUACGCCGCCCUGGGCCGCGACAGCGUGGGUGCUGCCUCCGUCAACCUCAUGCCCUCAGACCUGCCGCAGGACGUGUACAGUGGGGUGGCUGCACAGGUGGAGAUAUUCCGCAGGCAGGAUGCCGAGCAGGGCCAGCGGGUGGCCCAGGUGCUUGAAGGCUUCGUCAGCCGCAAGGUGGUCAAGCAGACAGUGAUGACCGUGGUGUACGGGGUCACCCGCUACGGCGGGCGCCUGCAGAUCGAAAAGCGCCUUAGGGAGCUCAGCGACUUCCCACAGGAGUACGUGUGGGAGGCCUCCCACUACCUCGUGCGCCAGGUAUUCAACAGCCUCCAGGAGAUGUUUUCGAGCACCCGGGCCAUCCAGAACUGGCUGACGGAGAGCGCCCGCCUCAUCUCCCAUGUGGGCUCAGCAGUGGAGUGGGUCACGCCCCUGGGCAUCCCGGUCAUCCAGCCCUACCACCAGGACUCCAAGUUUGUGGUCAAAGGUGGAAUCCAGAGCCUCACCUGCAGCAGCGGCAAGGACAGCAGCCAGAAGCCCAACACGCUGAAACAGAAGAACGGCUUCCCCCCCAACUUCAUCCACUCGCUGGACUCCUCCCACAUGAUGCUCACGGCUCUGCACUGCUACAGGAAGGGCCUGACCUUUGUCUCGGUCCACGACUGUUUCUGGACCCACGCGGCAGACGUGCCUGUCAUGAACCAGGUGUGUCGCGAGCAGUUUGUCCGCCUGCACAGUGAGCCCAUCCUGCACCACCUGUCCAGGUUCCUGGUGAAGCGGUUCUGCGCUGACACCAACUCCCAGCCCCGGAAGCUGUCGCAGCAAGUCCUGGCCAUCAAACUGCUGGAGACGCUGCUGUCCGUGCCCGAGAAAGGGGCCUUCGACCUGGAGCAGGUGAAGAGCUCCACCUACUUCUUCAGCUGAUGCCGGCCCGCCCGGCUGUCCCGGCACCGCCGCCUGUACCAUAGUGUAAAUAAAGCUCUGUCGCCACCCGUGGGAGCCGUGUCUUCUCGGGCGGGGCGCCAAGCAACGAGACGAGCGCAGCGUGGCGAUGGCCGAGGUGACCUGCGGAGGCGGCGGCGGUGGGAAGAGGCCCGCGCGCUGGCCCAGCUCGGCCUGCUGCACCAUCUCGCGGUCGUACUUGACGAUCUCCUGGAUGAUGGCGUUCUCCUGGUUGUUGAACACGCCGGAGCUGAGGUCGUGCUGCACCUUGUGCAGGAGGAUCGAGUUCUUCUUGCCUGCGGGGAGCGGGGGAGUGGGCAUCGGCGGCAGGUGGGGGUGCGCACCUACACCGCACCUGCUCUGCACCUGCACUGCACCACACCUGCUCUGCACCUGCACUCCACCGCACCUGCUCUGCACCUGCCCUGCACCGCACCUGCUCUGCACCGCACCUGCUCUGCACCUGGCUGCACCUGCACCGCACCUGCACACCUGCUCUGCACCUGCUCUGCACCUGCUCUGCACCAGCGUGCACAGCGCCCCUGCUGAGUGCACAGACGUCCUGCCGCAGGAAGCAGGUAUUGAGUGCUUACUGCAUACAGGCUAAGCGCCUGCUGUAUACUACAACCAUAAGGAGCACCUGCUGUGUGCACAAAACAGGUACUGAGAACCUACUCUGUACAGCCAGCACACAUGGAGCAACUUCUGCAUACAUCAAGCAUUUACUGAGCACCUGCUGUGUACGUGGAGCCGGUAUAACUGUACAGCAAGUAUUUAUGGACACCUCCUGUAUACAUUAGUCACGUAUUCAGUGCUUGCAGCGUGCAAUAAGCACGCUCAGAAUGCCUGCCUGUGCACAGCCGGAGUGCCAAGUGCCUACCAUACGGCAAGCCUGUGUUGAGUGCCUACAGUAUAGAACAACUGUAUCUAAGC